AAUGUGUCAUUUCUACGCAGGUACAUUGAAGGCAAGGGUGCACAAAAGCACAGAGAUGCAGGUUUGCGCCUCUUCACCUCUGGGCACCUGCAGAAACUUGAGUUUUUGAAGAUAGAAAGCUCAGAGACUGUUGUGCGUGCAGACGUUCUGGCAUCAAUGACAACAAGGACUAUAUAUAAGGUGUCAGCCCGGCUACUAAGAAGUGAUGGAGAAAUUGUUUCAGGCACCUGCACCUGUGUUGCUGGCAAAGGGUCUGCAUGUAAGCACCUGUGUUGUGUUUUCUAUGGGUUGAUGUAUAUAGCUCAGCAUGACCUUGCAACUGUGCCAACCUUGCUGGCGUGUACUGAGACAGAAAGGCAAUGGUACAAACCGAGAGAUCCGAGAAAUGUACCACAUAGCUUUGAAGACCUUGUCUUUUCGAAGGAUACUUGGGAGAGACUCAGCAGUGCACCUGAGCAUCACAACAAACGAAUGAAAUAUUCAUCACUAAAGCCAGAAAGAGAGGUCAUGACGACACGAACCUUAAUUGGCUUACAUGGAAAACUAAAAGAAAAUGGACUGCAGUGCUUCGCUGACAUUUUAGAGGCUAAUGAUUUCUUGUGUGACAAAAGCACCGAGUCAACAAAAGACAACAAUGUGCUUGAAAGCAUGCUAAAAAAGUCACAGACGCUAGUGUACUCAGCUUAUGAUGUUGCUGCUGUUGAGAGUGCGACAAGGCUGCAGAGUGGCUCAACACUGUGGCACCAUUACAGAAAGGGAUUGAUAACGGCCUCAGUAGCACAUAGAGUGUACACGUGGGUCAAAACGUGCGAAACAAAAAUGGGGCCUCAUGAUGCCCGGUCACUUCUGAGUGCCAUAAUGGGGAAGAAGUGUCGAGCCACAUACGCCAUGAAACGAGGGCUGUUGUGUGAGGAUAAUGCAAGGAAGGAAUUCAUAGAGCAAAACAAAGGGCACUUGGACAUACAGGUCGAACAGUGCGGUCUGCUUUUGUGCCGGAGCAAUUCUUUUCUAGGAGCAAGCCCCGAUGGCAUUGUUAAAUGCCUUUGUUGUGAGCCUAGUGUUCUGGAAAUUAAGAGUCCAAUGAACCUUGACACAUUUUGUAAGAGUGAGCUACGUGAUGGGUAUCUGAAGAGAAGCAGCAGAUACUUCACCCAAGUACAAAUGCAAAUGGGGGUGAGCUGCUUACAAUCUUGCAUCCUCUUCGUUUACAGUGAACAAAAGUGCGUGCAAGUUUCUGUGAAUUUUGAUCAGAGUUUUUUCGAUGAACUGGUGAAGCGGUGCAAAUUUUUUUGUGAGAAGUACUUGGUGCCUUCCUUUCUUGACAGUUAGCACUUCAAAAUUUCUAUUAGGCAUUUUGUAGUAGUAGUAGUCAUAGGUCGGCAAACUCACUCAUGAGUCGACUCACUCAGACUCAGAUCGGUCCGUGAGUGUGAGUGAGUAAUAUUUUGGUGAGCUUGAGUCCGAGUGUGUCCAGCUGAGGAAAAUUUUAGGGAGUCUGAGUCCGAGUGAGGAAGAUAUUGGCGAGUCUGAGUGAGCCCUAAGCGCAAAAUGUAUUUCUUGAGUGAGUCUGAGUGAGCUCCACCUUUUAUUACCAACCUAUGGUCCUAUCUACUCAACUUAAGCAUUACUAUCAGCCUUCUAUCGGCUUACGUUUAUACUCAAGUCUAUUUACACAUAUCUCAACACACUAGCGUUCAUGUGCCACCUCAAUAUUUAUUUAUCAGAGGCGUGAGUUAGGGGGUGGGGGAUACAUGACCUCCCCCGCAAACUCUUUCAUGAACGUUCUUGAUAAAAAUAUCUCGUGUGAGUCGCACAUUUCAUAACAAUGUCCUUACUGGAUUGAAAUCACUGAUAACUCGUACUUGAAAGUACAGGAUCAAAAGGCGUAUCGUAGAGCACCGAUUAUGUGAGAUAUUGGCGUUAAAGAGCAUUGACACCUCGAUCGAAAGCUAAUUUUAGGCUAAUACGGACUCGUGAGUCAACUCACGCACUCAGGUCAAGCCAUGAGUGAGUCCGGCUGAGUAAUAUGUCGGUGA